GAUGAUCCAAACGCAACAGAAGAGAUACCAAGUCUUCCUAAUCAAAAGCGUUUCGGAAUUAAUAGAAUUCUAGAUCAUCUGGAACCUCUUGUGAAAAAGCAGUUGUCAUCUGUUCUUCUUUUCGGUGUUGUUUCCCCGGAAGUCAAAGACGCCGUUGGAUCUCGUGCCGACUCAGAUGACAGUGUUGUAGUAAAUGCAGUGAAAAUUAUCAAGGAAAAGUUUCCGUCAUUGACUGUAAUUUGUGAUGUUUGCUUAUGUCCGUAUACAAGUCACGGACAUUGUGGUCUCAUUCAAGAUGGAAAGAUGGAUGUGGAAAAUACCGUGGAUCGCUUGGCUCAAAUAGCUACUAGAUAUGCCAUCGCCGGUGCCGAUAUAGUCGCACCUUCUGACAUGAUGGAUGGACGGGUUCACGCGAUCAAAACUGCCUUGCGCGAUUGCGGUUUGGCCGGGAGCGUUUCGGUCAUGGCCUACUCGGCUAAGUUCGCUUCCAGCUUCUACGGUCCAUUCCGGUGA